AAUUUCUCGGCGUGUUAUACACAAGCUCACUUUUGUUUGAGCAGUUGUCGCCGAAAGGGUUUCUUUUCGGAGUUCAUAAUUGUUCGGAAAGCAUUAACAUGGCCGCUCUAGUUGGAACAUGGGACUAUGUCUCAGCCGAAAAGAUGGACGAAUACAUGACGGCGACAGCCGUGCCAGAUAACCUGAAGGAGAUCAUCAAGAAAAGCAAGCCGACCAUGAACAUCUCCCAGAACGGCGACUCAUGGAGCCUGAAGACAACCGUCAGCGACAAGGUCGAGUACAAGACAUUCAAGGUCGGCGAGGAGUUCAGAUCCAAGUCUCUCACUGGCCAGGAUGUCCAGUGCACGGUGACUAUGGACGGAGAGAGGAUGGUGGAGACGCAGAAGGCAGGCCCCGUUACCAUAGUGAUUACGCGCGAGGUGCAGGGGGACCAGCUCGUGUCGACCAUGACCGUGGGCGUUGUCACGGCUACAGUGUACUUCAAGAGGGCAUAAUACGUCCCCACCCACGGGCAGUGAGUGCAGUUAGAGCUAGCGCAAGACAGAACUAUCGUCUGGUUUAAUUUUCACUAAUUUGUAUCCGGACAUGUAGUGCACGGGAACGUACUAAUGCUUUGCUCGAGAAAAUGCAGUUGGAUGGGACAGAGUUUUGCAGUUAUUCAAAAUCAAAAUUUUUAAAUGAAGAAUACGUGCUUAUCUUGUGUUCGUAUGUUUACUGCAUGUUUACUCUCGCUAGUCAUUUAGUACUUGUUAAAACUGAAUAAAACUAUAAUUUGA